AUGCUUAAAGCUACGCUGGAGACUUUUACCGAGGAUCUGCUUGAAGCUACGCUGGAGACUUUUACCGAGGAUAUGCUUGAAGCUACGCUGGAGACUUUUACCGAGGAUAUGCUUGAAGCUACGCUGGAGACUUUUACCGAGGAUAUGCUUGAAGCUAGGCUGGAGACUUUUACCGAGGAUCUGCUUGAAGCUACGCUGGAGACUUUUACCAAGGAUAUGCUUGAAGCUACGCUGGAGACUUUUACCGAGGAUCUGCUUGAAGCUACGCUGGAGACUUUUACCAAGGAUAUGCUUGAAGCUACGCUGGAGACUUUUACCGAGGAUCUGCUUGAAGCUACGCUGGAGACUUUUACCGAGGAUAUGCUUGAAGCUACGCUGGAGACUUUUACCGAGGAUCUGCUUGAAGCUACGCUGGAGACUUUUACCGAGGAUAUCCUUGAAGCUACGCUGGAGACUUUUACCGAGGAUCUGCUUGAAGCUACGCUGGAGACUUUUACCAAGGAUAUGCUUGAAGCUACGCUGAGACUUUUACUAAGGAUAUGCUUGAAGCUACGCUGGGACUUUUACUAA